AUGCUAGGGAUCCGAGGUGAAGAGGUGGAUGAACGAAAGAAGUUGUAUGUGGACGAGCGAUGGAGAGUGAGUGCAGGAGAUGUCACGGAGGAGAAAUUUGCUCUGGAUCAGUUUCGUUCAUCUUCUUCUGCAAGUGAUGUCAAAUUCACGAUCAAGUAUUUCCCUUACCAGCUCUAUCCUGAUGCAAGCCAAGAAGGUGAAGAUGUAUCCGAGUGGUAUAGAAAUACAAAAUUUCAUGGCUCUGAAGAACAAAUGGAGAAGUACAAACUUCUUAUGUCAGCGAAUGGCGUUGAUGCUGGCAUUCACUUCAAAUUCCAUGGAUCCAUAGCAAAUUCCCUUAAUGCUCAUCGACUGAUCCAACAUUAUCAAGAGGAGGAUGGACUGGACACAGCAGAUCGCAUUGUUGACUCGUUGUACAAACAAUUCUUCGAGCAAGAGAAGCAUCCAUCAGCGGCAGAAACCUUGACCAAAGCGGCCACUGACGCAGGUAUUGAUCAAGCAAAAGCAAAAUCUUUCGUCAACGAUGAAUAUGAGGGUCUGCAAGACACGAAGAUGUUGAUCCGAGAGCAAGCCGGCAACGGUGUAGAUUCAGUGCCUUAUGUUGUCUUAGAAGGCAGGAGAAGAGACAUCACGCUUGUUGGGGCAAAGGAAGUAGGUGAAUAUGUGAAGGAGAUGGAGAAGAUUGCAAAGGAGACGAAAUGA